AUGGAUGUAUCACUCAAUCAACAAUCAAACAAUUCCAAAAAAAUCAUUGGUCCUUCCCAAAAAGCUAUAAUCAUCUGUAACCAUAUCUCAAUGUAUAAAGUCGAGUUUUUGGAGGGAGUUCAUUUCAUUAACUUUUUUUUAUCUCAAAUUUUUGCAGUGAUAACUGAUGGAGCUACCAAGUUCCCAACAGUAUUACCAAGCAACAAUACACUCAGAGAAUUUCAAAUCAUCCGUCUCAAUUCAUUUGCUGUGAUGCAGGGCAAAAGAUACGUGCAAAUCUUCAACUAUGAUGUACUUGCAGAUCUCCAGAGUUUGAUUAAUAACAACAACCUUACCUACCAUACCGUCUACUCUGCUCAACAACAACAACAACAGCAACAAAAGCAACAAAUUCAACAAACUGGUGGUCAACAACAACCACAACAACAACAACAACAACAACAACAACAACAAUACCAACAACAACGAAAUAAUAAUAAUAAUAAUAAUCAAUAUAACAAUAAUAAUAAUAAUAACUAUAAUAAUAAUAACUAUAAUAAUAAUAAUAAUGGUGGUAAUUAUAGACAACCACAAGUAUCAUCAUCACAAGGUAACAGUAAUCAAAACAAUAUAUGUGAUAUUGAUGCAUUGUCUGAGGGAAUGGGUUCAUACACGAUUUGUGCAGUAGUCAAGAACAAGUCAGACAUCAAGGAGUGGAAGAAUGUGACAAGUAGUGGAAGAUUGUUUUCGGUCGAGUUUGCCGACGACAGUCCCUCGACAUGCAACACGAUCAAGGCGACCGUGUUUGGCGACCCCUACUGCGCCUCUUUGCAUCAACAACUAGAGGCUGGCAAAACUUACAUGGUAUCUGGUAGUGGUGGUGUGCGCAAGAACUCGCAAAAGUUCAACAAUACCAAGCAUCAGUACGAGCUGACCCUUGGACGAGACACCACGAUCACCCCCGUCACCGACCAGUCGCAGGUGAUCAAGUCGGCUGGCGUUGUCAAGUUCCAAUUCACCCCCAUCAACUCGUUGGUCUCUCUCGGCGCCAACAUGAUGGUCGAUGUACUCGGCGAGGUGACGAGCGUGUCCACUCCAAUCGACAUCACAACCAAGGCUACAGAGAGGGCCAAAAGCAAAGUUCUGCCCAAGUGGGCCAUUACCAUCCGUGACAACACCAACUCGGGCAUUGAAGUGUCGUUUUGGGGUGAUGACGUCGCCAAGUAUCUCAACCAGAUUACUGUAGGCAUGAUUGUCGGUAUCAAGAAUGCCAAGCUCACCCAAUUCAACGGACACUCGCUCAGCUUCGGGUACUCAUCCGAGAUUGUCUUGGAUCCACGUCAUCUCGACCAAUACGAGGGGUUCCGUCAAUGGAUCGCCCACAACAGCGGCACAAACUGCGCCAGUCUCACCCAACGCUCGACCUUUACUGGCAACAGCACAAACAAGGACGCACCUGUCCUGACCGUCGCCGAAUUGCUCGCAAUCCAAACCGAGCCUUUCGAUGCCAACAACAACCCCAACCAAUACGUUGUCCAUGGUACCAUUCGCCGUGGUGCUUUUGCCAAGGAGAUCUCCAGAGACAACGGUCCAACUGUCAGCACAUGUUGGUACGAAGGAUGUGCAGGUUGUUUCAAAAAAGUUUGUGGAGGUCUUCCUAAAUGUGAAGCUCCACGUAUGACCAAUAUUUGGAAACUACCAAUUAAAAUAGCAGAUGAUACUGGAACUCUCAGCAACGUUGACUUGUUCCAAUCUAUUGCCCUCCCUAUUUUGGGCCCUAUCAGUGAUUAUGAACAUUUAGAUUCCACUGCAUUCAUUGCCAAACUUGACAAGGAAUUAGGUUUUGAAGCCAAAGUUGUUGUAAAGUACUCUCAAACUACCGGAAAUGCACCUGCAGGUGGUGAUGGAACAACAACUUAUCACCGUUACAGUGUACAUCAACUCGAACGUACCACCGGAGCACAUUUACAAAAUAUUGCUCGUGAUCUAGCCUUUGCACUCACUUCUGUUGUCAUUCCAGAUGAACAAUAA